AUGGCCGAAGUGUCCGAGACCGAGGCCGGGGCGGCCGAGGCCACGGCUGCCGAGGCCCUGGAGACGCCGGGCUGGACUGUCCCAGAGGACGCAGGUCCCCAGCCCGGAAGUUAUGAGAUCCGUCACUAUGGUCCGGCCAAGUGGGUCAGCACGGCCGUGGAAUCAAUGGACUGGGACUCAGCCAUUCAAACUGGCUUUACAAAGCUCCAUAGCUACAUCAAAGGCAAAAACGAGAAAGAGAAGAAAAUAAAGAUGACUGCUCCUGUGACAAGCUAUGUGCAGCCAGGCUCAGGCCCAUUCAGUGAGUCUACCAUUACUGUCUCCCUGUACAUCCCCUCUGAACAGCAAUGUGAUCCGCCCAAGCCUGCCGAGUCAGAUGUCUUCAUUGAAGACAGAGCUGAGAUGACUGUGUUUGUACGGUCUUUCGAUGGAUUCUCUAGUGCCCAAAAGAAUCAAGAACAGCUUUUGACAUUAGCAAACAUUCUAAGGGAAGAAGGAAAAGUUUUUGAUGAAAAAGUUUACUACACUGCAGGCUACAAUAGUCCUUUUAAAUUGCUUAAUAGAAAUAAUGAAGUGUGGUUGAUUCAGAAAAGCAAGCCCUCGAAAGAAAAUGAAUGAGCGACUGAAGACGGUUCUAUUACCAGGGGCAAAAGUUCCGUUUAAUAGAGACACCAAC